UAGUUUCACAUCAACUCUGAGAGAGGUUGAAUAGUGAGGUAGGAUUUAAUUUUUCAUUCCAUAAAAAAACUUCUUUGUGUUAGAAAGUUAGAUGGAAAAAAAGUAUGAAUUCAUUAUUUAGAAAAAAAUACACAGACAAAAUAUUUUCAGGAACGAGAAAUAAGGACUUAAAAUGGCUGCUAGGACGAAACUUUCCUGCAAGUAACACUCCCUGUGUUUCUUAUCGGAAAACGAACAGGGCAACGCACGCAUGUCCCCUGGAAGGUUAUCGAUCCAAUGACAUAUUCGCAUUAGUCACGUGUGUCUUCUGAUAACUGCGAAACUACAAACAAGAGUACAAAAUGUUGCAAAUAAUAUUAAUUCCGAUGAAUACAUGAAGUUAAAUAUUAUUCCCGGCUGUGGCGUAUUUUGAUAUGAUGGCUUACUCCAAUAGUUCUUCCUUGAAAACGCCCACAGUUCUUGAACAGUUGCUAGAAGAGAUAAACUUUCAGAGGACCAAAGAAAUGAGGCAGUUGCUGAAAGAUGAGUCAGGAUUUGUGAUGCUACAAGGAACAACCUAUUGGACUGACUUAUUCGUAAGACAUUUUCUGUUUCAAAAUGAGUCAACUAUGGAUUGCGACGAUCUCUUGUUUUUCGUGCGUAAAAAGCACGUCAAAGGUUCUCCCAGAUACUUGCCAAAAUUUGAGACUGAGGUGGAUGUUUUUCGAAAAGAUAGCAGAAAGCUACCUAUAGGCGAUCCAGACAUCGAUUGGGAAGAAACCGUCUACUUGAACCUCAUCAUUCAUCAAUUCGAAUAUACUUUGACUCUAGCAAUAUGCACUAGGACGAGUCCGAAAGAACUUCAAGUACUGAAAAGGCAUUCUCAGAAAGUAUACGCUUCACCCAGUAGAAGAAGGAUGGAUACAAAAGGGGAGGUGGAGGAAAUAACCUACCCUCAUAUUUGUUUCAUGAGGGGCUUUUGGCAACUCACAGAAAUUACUGACAAAAGAAACAUUGAUCCCUCAUUAAACUGUUAUUUCACACCAAUAUCGAAUAAUAAUCAUAUUACUGUUGUUAUGAUAGGUUCAGGAGUGGAGACUCCAACUUCGGAACCAGGAUUUUGCGCGACCGACAUGUGGGACUCGGACUGGGAAGAAGACCAAGAGGAUUUCUUCGUCUACCGCAGUCAAAGGCGGCUAAGCGACCCAAGCGCCAAUCUGAAUAAUUUCGUACGAGGUAGCUGGAAAUCGAAGUUGGAUGUUAAAGCCAGAUCAGAGAGCGAAGGUCUUGAUUGCAUUGAUAAUGGGGUCAGUGAAAUAGAAGCUGGAGAUCUCAGAGAUGAUAAGACUGGUUCUGCUUCCACAUCCAAUUGCUGCGGGUGUUUUCAAAGAAGAAACCGAGAAACUCAGCUUGAAAUGUACAGCAUUGGGUGUAGCGUCCAUAACCACAAAACAUGUUCGCAAAGAGCCCGCCUAGGCCCCCCUGACAGUGACUGUGCUUUCACGGAAAAGCUCAGCAAGUCUCGAAAGAAACUUAAAGAAACACAGCAAAAUGCUAACUUUACCGAGUACGAGUUAGCUGACGAUGCGAUCAGUAUGGAUAGAAAAUGCACCAGCGAAUGUGUCUCUAAGUUUUAUGAUCCCGCGAAAAAUCUGUAUAUCACCGUUAAUGGCAAAGAAGAACUGCCCUCUGUUCACGAAGUGAAGUACUGCUUGGAAGAUACCGAGCCUGAAGCAAAUCCCAAAUAUAUUCAUAAGUUGUCCGAAAAUAAUCGAGUACAAUGCAAUAAAACUAUGAAUGUAGAUAGACUGAGAGUGAACGGCAAUGAAAAUGGCAACUUUAAUCACGUAAAUAUUAGGAAUGUUUAUAGCUACUGUACCUUACCGAAAAGUCGAAGACGGGUUAGCUGUCAAAAAUUUUGGUUGAAACAUAUCAAUCCUCCAAAAAGAAUUACUCCCGAUGGCACCCACAUUUAUUACUGGUGUGAUGUUCAAAAGAAGAACGAUAGUGAACUGGAUGAUGGAGCUUACAACCCUUUGUGGACGAUGCGCGGUUUUACACAAACAUUCCAUUUUUGGAAAGAAAACAAAAGAGCACAAUCAGUACCUUUGAACGCGUUUUUAACUUAUGUAACACUGCCAUGGUGGAGUAUUGCCAAAGAUAUUUUGGAUCACCGAGAGGGGCCUAUUUUGACAUUUUAAUAAAUAGUUUUCCAGAGCGUGAUUUCUUUUAAACACAGACAACUCUCUGCGCCUGUAGGUUAAGACCAAAAUAUAUUUUUUCGUCACUUCUAGACAGAGUGAUUUAAAACGAAUUUUUGAACGGUUGAAUAUAGCCAACUGGAUCAAACCUCGAAUGAUGCCCAUAAGUAAUGUUUUUGUAUGUUCUUUAUUUUCUAUUUUUCCUAUAUUUGUUUUCUCAAAUUCCUAUAUUUGAAACUUUUUUUGUAUCAUGAAAAAUAAUAUCGAAAUUUCACCUAUUAUAGAAAAACUUGAUUCCAAAGCAUGGCCUUCAAUGAACGUUAAUUUUCCCAAUUUUCAAUGGUACAAGUUAUAUUUGAGGUAAUCAGAUUGAUGAUGUUCAUUCAGGUGCAGACUUUUAUUGCUUGAAAAUAUAAAGAUUUCAUUCCGAGAAAAUUUACAAAAUUCAGAAUCAAAUGUUUCCUAAAUAUCCUAAAAUUCAUAAUAUACACAUGGUUCCGACUGUUGGUUUGAAUAUUUGUGGUUAACUAUCGAUACUUUGACUUCACAAUUUCUCUAUAGGAUACAGAACGUUCGCUAUUCCUUUGGAUUAUUUCAACUAUUUCUAACUCCCUGAUUCUCUAAAAAAUGUUUCAUUAAUGGCAAAUUAGAAACUGAAUCAUAAAACAAUGAAAACUAUUAUCAAAACAAAUUAUGUUAAAUGACAUAAAUAUUUCUUCUGGGAAAGAUGAACUGAACUACAUAAUAAUCUAAAUAAAUAUUCUGGUUAUAGAUUUAAGUCACUUCACGAAAAAAAAGUUAUAUGUUCAAGCAAUAAAAAAAUCCUUUUAAUUUCAUGUUGCUUCGAUUUCAAAUCGUUUUGUAAUGAAUAAAUUCCGUAAAUAUAGAUAUAUUUUGAAACAAUGAGAUUUUUUAAAAAUAAAUAGACUCAGAUAUGUAGGUAUGUAACCUUUUUUUAGAUAUAUUCGAAAUAAACGCAUCCUUUUUUGAAA